UUGAAUUCUGCUCUGUCAGAGCGAGCAUCUGUCAAGCCCACAUUUAAACUGCUGCCUGCCUGUGCAGCAGCCGAAGAGCCGCAGAUUUCAUAUUACGGACUAAAACCCCACUAAAACUGCUCAAAAAAAAAAAUCCUUCCUGCAGCUGCCAGGCAACAAGGAGGGAAGAGGGGUAAAGCCUAUUCUUUUCCAAUGCAACUGAAACACGAGAUCCCAGCUCUGCUGCUUUACAUUGCAGCUCAGUGCUAUUACUAGAAAUAUGGAUACUGAGAAGAGAACACAGCACUGCAUUGUCCAGCCGGGAAAACAGCAGAUGUAAAGAGCUUCAAUGCAUCAACUGUCGGAAAGAGUCAACAGUGCUCCAAAUAGAACGGACAACUACAGCUCUUUUGUUUAAGGAAAGAGAGAAAAAAAUUGAAAGAAAAGAAAAAUCUCAGAAGACUAGGUCUCCUAUGAACAAGAAGGGUAACUGGAAGACACGCAGACAGAUGGACACUUCGGAUACUGUGAAAAGCAAUCGCAAGAAGCAGACUGUUGGGGGAUGUGCGCAUGUUCGAUAGCAUCUUUUUUGCUGAAGUGAUGGCGUGCCAAAAGUAUUUUCAGUGAGCAUAAUCCUCUCCACAUAAAUGGCCUGACCAAGAAAGAAAGAUAAAAGAAUAGAUGACCAGAGCUACUGAGAUAAUCAAAAUGACUUCGAGGGACACAACGUGACUGAAUUAGAGAAUGACAACCAAAGAACAGCAUUGAUUCAGGAGAAGAUAUCGGUAUUUUAGCCACCAACAUCACUUACACUAUUACUGGAUAUUUACAACAUGCUUCAGUGGAGGAGAAGACACUGCUGCUUUGCAAAGAUGACCUGGAAUGCUAAGAGGUCUCUGUUCAGGACUCAUCUUAUUGGUGUACUUUCUCUAGUGCUUCUUUUUGCUGUGUUUUUGUUUUUCAAUCAUCAUGACUGGCUACCAGGUAGACCUGGAUUUAAAGAAAACCCUGUGACAUAUACUUUCCGAGGAUUUCGUUCUACAAAAAGUGAGACAAAUCACAGCUCACUUCGGAACAUUUGGAAAGAAACGGUUCCUCAGACUUUAAGGCCUCAAACAGCAACUAAUUCCAAUAACACAGAUUUAUCACCACAAGGAGUUACAGGACUAGAGAAUACACUCAGUGCCAAUGGAAGUAUUUACAAUGAAAAGGGUACUGGACACCCAAACUCUUACCAUUUCAAAUAUAUUAUCAAUGAGCCUGAAAAAUGCCAAGAGAAAAGUCCUUUUUUAAUACUACUAAUAGCUGCAGAACCUGGACAAAUAGAAGCAAGGAGAGCUAUCCGGCAAACUUGGGGCAACGAGAGUCUAGCACCUGGCAUCCAAAUCACACGUAUUUUUCUGUUGGGCAUAAGUAUUAAACUAAAUGGCUAUCUUCAACGUGCAAUUCUAGAAGAAAGCAGACAAUAUCAUGAUAUAAUUCAACAGGAAUACUUAGAUACAUACUAUAAUCUGACCAUUAAAACACUAAUGGGAAUGAACUGGGUUGCAACAUACUGUCCACAUAUUCCAUAUGUUAUGAAAACUGACAGUGACAUGUUUGUCAACACUGAGUAUUUGAUACAUAAGUUACUGAAGCCAGACCUGCCUCCUAGACAUAACUAUUUUACUGGCUAUCUAAUGAGAGGAUAUGCACCUAAUCGAAACAAAGACAGCAAGUGGUACAUGCCACCAGACCUCUACCCAAGUGAGCGCUACCCUGUCUUCUGUUCUGGAACUGGUUAUGUUUUUUCUGGAGAUCUGGCAGAAAAGAUAUUUAAAGUUUCUUUAGGUAUUCGUCGUUUGCACUUGGAGGAUGUGUAUGUAGGGAUCUGUCUUGCCAAGUUGAGAAUUGAUCCUGUGCCCCCUCCCAAUGAGUUUGUGUUCAAUCACUGGCGAGUUUCUUAUUCAAGCUGUAAAUACAGCCACCUAAUUACCUCUCAUCAGUUCCAGCCUAGUGAACUGAUAAAAUACUGGAACCAUUUACAACAAAAUAAGCACAAUGCCUGUGCCAAUGCAGCAAAGGAAAAAGCAGGCAGGUAUCGUCACCGCAAACUACACUAAAAAAAAAACUAUUUUUGUUCAAGUGUGAAAUCUGUAAAUAUUGCUUAAAGCAUGUAUAGUUUAAAAAAACUGACUACAUACAUAGGGCAAGUUUUAGUUAAGACUCAUCACAUAAAGGAAUUCAAAAAACUAUUUUUUUAAUUUCUGAAGAAGCUAAUUCAUAAGCUAAAACAUUAUGGCAAAAAGGUAUUCCAAAAGAAUCUAUUUAAAUAACUGUAUAAAGGGAUUCUCUGUACUAACAUGCAAUAAUAAGCAUGCAUACAUAAAUGAUUCAAAUCUUAUGUUAGGGGCCAACAAAAUGUAUUUGCAUACAUUUUUCACAUAAAUUUUAAAAAAUGAAGACAGUCAAAAGACUAUUUUAGAUUUGCUUUUCAUUUCACUACAUAAUUAAAUGGAAAUAAGACAGUACUAUCAAUUUUAAGGGAACUUUGUAAUUAUGCAAAAAACAAAUUUUCCGACCUGACUCUAGAGUCCUAAAAAUUUCUACUACAUGCAGUAAGAUUUAGUUAUUAUAUAAAUUCAUUCACAGCAUUCAGAUGUUUCAUCAAUGCAAUUCUCAUCUACGUACUUUAAAAAAUAACUGGGAUAAUCAUUUGAAUUUCUUUUAUCAAUACUCAUAUAUACUGGAGAAAUUAUUUUGACAUGAUGUGAUAAAUGUGAAAAAUUGAUGUGUCUCAGGCUCAAGAUUUUAUAAAAGAAUUAUUAAAGGUUUCAAAAUAGAUACAUUGUUUCCUCAUUGGUAUUAAGGAAAAGCUAGUACUUCAACAGAUUUUACAAUAAGAUGAAGUAUUUCACUCUUAAAGGAGUGCAAGCAUUUAACUUCAUUAUGCCCGACUUCAAGUACACCUCUAAAUUGAAUCAUGUUCCUCUAAAUGAAUUAAAAGUAAUUACUUUCAAGGCACAAAAAUUAUGUUCUGUUGGGGGGAAAAAAAGAAAGAAAAAGAAAAGGAAUACAGGUAACAGGUCUUCCAAGCAGUAACAGAUGGGAAAAGUCUAUUUCCUGACAGCAGGUGUACACAAGCCAACACUUAAUCAUGUUAUGGUACUUAAUUCAUUCUCUGAACGCCACGUUUAUAAACCUACAGUUUUUAAUUUGGUUGAUGAAAAAUAUUCUGCAUCACCAAUUAAAAACCUUUAGGUAGAGAUGGGGAGAAAGCUACAAAUGUUUGACAUUUGAUUUUAAGAUGCACAAUAUAAUCAAUGCACUUUUAUCAAGGUAUUAAUAAUAAAAAAAGGCCAACAACAAAAACCAUUCACUGAAUGUUACACAAAUAUCUUCCUAAUUUUAUUGUUCCAAACAUGAACUUUAAAAUCAAGAAAUACAAGCCUGGGGCUGGAAAGAUGGCUCAGCAGUUAAGAGAAUUUACUGCUCUUACAGAGGACCCAGGUUGAGUUCCCAGCAUCCACACGGUGGCUAACAACCGUCCAUAACUCCAGUUCCAGGGAUCUAAUCAGGUCUCCAAAGGCAAUGUAGACCCAAGUACACUACAUACAUACAGGCAAAACACUCAUACACAUAAAAUAAAAAUAAUUUAAAAAAUACAAGCCUACUAACUUUAAAAAUGUAAAUUUAUCAAUCUGAAGUUAGAAUGCUUCCUACCAUAAUUCUAAUAAUUUAUAUCUCUGAUUCUAUUACAAAGGGAUAAGCCACCAAAAACACAAAAAAGUUUAAGUUGUUAUUUAUUAUGUUGAGUUCUAGUUAUAUUCAAUUUAUCUCCCAUUUUCAAAUCAGUAGCCUAACUCUUCUACUCUAUAUCACGUAAUUCUGAAAAAAUCAGCUAUGAAACAUUCACCAGCUCUUGGUUAAUGAUUAUUGUUCACUUAGUUUACUCUAAGUGGUUGUAGAAUGACCAGCAUCAUAAAAUUAAAAAACAUACAUAAGAGAAUAACACCAAAUCAGAUCAGUGAUGAAGAACGAGAAAAAUCUGUCAGUGUAGGGUAAUUCUUUCUGAUUUAUACUUCAGAAGCUUGAAAAAAGGAGCAUGUGA